AUGAGAAGCAUUCACAAGCAGUUAUUAUUGGACGCUGAAGUGCGUUGGUUAUCUCGUGGCAAAGUUGUGACGCGUGUUUUUGAGCUGAGAGAUGAGAUCAGAAUGUUCUUUUUGAAGAAUUCUGUACACGGCGUCAGCAAAUAUGCUGAUCAUUUCAAUGAUUUUGGAUUGCUUACAAUGGCAGCAUAUUUGGCUGAUAUAUUUAGUGCCCUUAACGAGUUGAACUUAAGUCUACAAGGGAGAGAUACCAACAUCUUCAAGGUCGAUGAUAAAAUUGAAACGAUACUAAAAAAACUUGACCUAUAGAUAAAUCGUACAAUUAAAAAAAAAACUACAAUCACUUUACAACCCUGUCAGCGUUUUUGGAGUCCUCUGGUGAAGCAAUAUUGCCUGCCAGUACAAGUACAACAUGAAAUGGUGACACAUCUCCGCACUUUGAGGUCUUCGUUUCGGGAUUAUUUUCCAGUACCCGACAAAAAUAAAAAUUGGAUAUCAGACCCUUUUAACACAGAUGUUUCUGAUAUUACUGGCUUGACAGCGGCACAGGAAACCCAAUUAAUUGAAAUAUCCUGUGAUUCAGCAUUGUAACGCAAUUUCAAAGAAUCUUUCCUAUCAAGUUUUUGGGUGAAUGUAAAGACGGAUAAUAAGGAGAUAUCGGACGAAGCACCUGAAACAUUUACUCCUUUUUUCAACCAUAUACCUAUGUGAAAAGGCAUUCUCUACUCUUCUUUAUACAAAAAUCAAAUACAGAAUCAGAUUACAAGUAGAAUCUGAUUUGAGAUUACAACUUUGUAGCAACAUCAACCCGAAUAUCCCAGAUUUGGUUGCAAAAAAGCAACACCAACCUUAACAUUUUUUUUUUUCAUAUUUUUCAUAAUAAACAGUUAUAUUUGUUUUUUUUGUAUCUCUAAUAAUAAUCUAAUCCGUUUUUUUCCGUGUCCUUGAAAACUGUGCUUGAUUUCCUUAGGGUCCGAGGACUAAAAAGGCUUGGAAGCGCUGAUUUAGAAGUUCGAUUACAAAAGAUCAUAAUUAAUUUGCUCUAUACAAAAAUUUAUACAAGAAUUUAUUGAUUUAGGUCAUGCUUCUAAAAUUGAUAUUAAUCAAUAUGAUCUCAAUAAAGAACCAGUCUAUUUCUUGCCUCGUCAUCCAGUAGUAAGAAUGGAUAGAAAAACUUAUAACAGUAAAAAAGAAUCACUUAUAUUUUUACAUGGACUUGCGUAAUUAAUUUGCGAUUUGGAAUUUCAAUAUAAAGUGAAAAUUUUAUGUAUGUACUUAUAUAGCUUUCAAGUUCCCAAUAAAUUCGCAUUAUGGUCACCCUACUGUAUAUUACAUACUUUGACAAAAAAUUAAAAAACUAAUAUCUCGUCAAUAAAAUGACGUUAAUUAAUAAAUUAUAUGCCAAAUUUUAGUCACAUGUUGUGCAGUUUUUACAACGUAUUUUUUGUAUAUAACAUUAUACCAAGUGGUAGUUAUCUACAUGGGUUUAUAAGAUCACUCAAUUCAGCAAAUUUAAAAAGCUUUGAUUGAACAUAACUUUUUAACUAUAAACAUUUGUGGUAUGAAAUUAAUUUGUACAAACAUAUUUGUCGCAGAAUAUCUCCAUCAUCGUUACGAAGAUCGUUUGAUUUAGUUUGUUUUUUUAAUUGCUAGUUACUCGAUUACUUAAUUACUCGAUUGUAGAGAGGGCGUGAUCAUCGAUACUUUUAUCGAUGACUUUGACAGUUCGUUAACAAAAAGCAAGUUGCCGCCAUUUUGGCAGACAUUCUGUUUCCGAUCGUCGAGGAGUAAAGACAUCCGGCGACAUGACGCUGAUCUCGUUAUAUUUUCGUAUGAAAAGUAAUAAAAUGGAAUAAGUCCACAUUGGUAUACACGCCAGCAGUGUUAUUUUAAAGAUAGUCCUGAAACUACCCGCCGACAUAUUUAAAAGUUAUCAUGUAUUUUGUAAGCAUAUUAUCGUAUUUCUAGAAUCACUCAAUCUUAAUCCGUCAGGAUUGAGUGGUCCAUUGAAACUAUCGUAGAAUCCUGGAUUUACCUUGAAGUGUCUUGAUUUUUUUGUAAAAUAAUGUGACAAAUUCUGUACAAUAUUUGAUAUGAAAAUUUUAUUCACAGUAAGUAUUUCCUGAGAUUCGGCUUGUAGCUAUUUUGUCUAAUGUCUGAAUUGAGUGAUCCACAUAUUGGGCAAUAUCUUCGAUCGCUUAAGAGUGACAAAGGACAAUGUCCAGCCCCCAUACAUUUUUCGCCUAAGAACCUCUAAGCAUGUACUAUCACUUUUCGUAUUCUAAAGUAUCUAUAUUUACGUCUAAAUACAUGUUUAAGUAACGGACACUUCUAAGAAAUGUAUAAAUCAAAAAAUAUAUUUUGGAUUUGAGGUUAUAAUUUUAACAAUUGUAGCGUGCGGUUAGAUUCUUUUUAAUGUUCGUUUUACUUGCUUUUUGUAGGGAAAUGUAUGUCUACUUUACUUUAAAUGUUGAUUGUUGUUGUUUGCUUUAAAAGGUUCUGUAGGUUCUGUAUCGGGAGCAUGUACUUACCAAUCUUGGAGCAACCCAGUGUUGUAUGCACUGAAGGAUCUGCUCAUCUUCUAAUACCAUGCAACCAGAAGCUGAACCGCAAUUAACACAAAAUACUUCAACACACCCAGUUUCCAUGUUAAUGUCCGUUAAAUAAAUGCCAAGUCGUCGUCUAUAGUAGGUCGGUAUGCCGUAAAUCACUGCCGGAGGUCGAUAUUAUAAGACGAAAUCAGUCCUUAGUUCAAGCCAAGUCGUUAUUUUAUAACUAAUAUUCACAAGACACAAGAAAUCGUACAAACAAACUUAAGCGACGUAAACACAACGCGAGUAUGAAAGCGAUUGUCAAACAAAACUUCAAAAUUGUCAAACGUAUGUAAAAGAGCGCUUCCAGCCGCUUAAAAAUCUACGAACGUUUUGAGUCUCGUUUCAAUGUCAAGCGCUUUAAGUGUUCAUUGGUUGAUUAUACAUCAAAUUGUGCAUAGAUCCUGAUUUGUCAACUUAUUAAAAUAUGGUGGCAGCGUUUAUUGAAGUUUAUCAAAUGUAUUGAUAUUACUUUUUAAAGUAAUUACAAAAAUGGGCAGUGUCCGUUUGAUUUUAAAAGCUGAUAUAUUAAUCAUAAAAUAUGAUAAGAAUUAUGAUAUACAAGAUAUUCUUAGAGGUUCAUAGGCUAAUUUGGACAUUGUCCUUUAUUGAUUUCGCUUAUGAGUUUUGACAAAUUUUGACUAAAUGUACGUUUUGGUUUUGUUGAAAACUGAAAAAGGAUCACUCAGUCCAGAUGCACAUCAAAAUAGUAAUACUAUUAAAUACUUAGUGUCCUACACACGGAAUGGUUUAAUUAACUAUAUUUUAACUGGUUUUGGCGGCAGAACAAGUGAUGUAACUGCCAUGGAAAAUUGAGAUUUUUUAGAAACUUUGGAACCUAUUAUCGUAGCUGACAGAGGUUUUAAACAUGAAGAACAAGUCCUCGCUCAAACGGAAAUAAAAUUACUGAGACCACCUAGUGUAGUUGCAGAUUACAAAUUAUCAAAGGCAGAAAGAAGUUCGUCAAACCAAAAUUAUUGCUAGCUUACGAAUACAAGUAGAAAGAGUCAUAAGACGUAUUAGAGAGUUCCACAUGUUAGAACAACAUGCAGUUAUAAAUAAUAAUAUACUAAAGGUAAUUGAUGAUUGCAUUAUAAUAGCCGGUGCUCUCAUAAACUUACAAGAUACCCUUAUAAAAUUAAUCCAGUAACUUUGUUUUCAGUAAAGUUUAAAUUUUAAUUUUCUUACAUUUUGUUUGUAUACCUGUCUGUAAGAAGAGUGAUGUGAAUAAAUCAGUUAAGUGUUUAUAUUAAGUAAAGGAAAUUAAAUUAAAAAUAAAACAAUGCCAAAUUAAACAAUAAAUAUUUUAUUUCAAGUACCCGCCCAUGUUUAUGGAUAAAUAUUAUUUAUCCAGAAUAUUGAUAAUUCAUUUAACAGCUUAUUUACUCGUUCAUAUUUUCUGUUAUAUUCUACUAAAGUGAUCCAGACAUGAUGUGAAGUUUCAUAAUCUGGAUUAGCUACUCAGAAGUAACAUUUUUCGAUUGUAGUCGUAAACAUUUGUAGCU